AUAUGAGCAGGUGCAGACAAAUAUGGAGUUUUGAUUGGCUGGAGGUUCCGGCUCAGGGUGAUCCGAUUGGUCGGUGUCGUCACUACGCCAGGAAACUGAGGCACGAGUGCUGCCUGCGUCGGCUGUGACGUCACACGUCCACGCCACAAGAUAUAAAACCAAGGGGAUGGAGCUCAGUUGUACAAGAGUGGUAACAGUCCAUCUAACCGGCGACCAAAAUCGAUUUGAUGACUUUUUAGGUUUUUUGGGUGAGAAUUAACGGCACUUUGUGUUUCUUCACUUGAGAAGGACUACUGAGAAGAGACGAAAAGAUGAAAUACGUUAUAGGAAUUGGCGGAGUCACUAAUGGUGGUAAAACCACCUUGACUAAUAAGUUGAUCAAGACAUUGCCAAAUUGUUGUGUAGUGCACCAAGACGACUUUUUCAAGAAACCCGAUCAGAUAGAAGUCGGGGAGGACGGCUUUAAACAAUGGGAUGUGAUCACUGCCUUGGACAUGGAGGCGAUGACCAACACCGUCAAAGGCUGGGUGGAGAAUCCAGUGAAGUUUUCCCGUUCGCACGGUGUCCCGCUGUCUUCUUCCUCCGACGUGGCCAACCCAGAUGAGCAGACCCACAUCCUGAUUGUGGAGGGCUUCCUGCUCUACAAUGACCCGCAGCUGCUGGAUGUUUAUGACAAGUGCUAUUACAUCUCCAUUCCCUAUGAAGAGUGCAAGAGGAGGAGAAGUACAAGACAAUACACGGUCCCAGACCCUCCUGGCCUGUUUGAAGGCCAUGUUUGGCCGAUGUACCUCAAGCACCGCACAGAGAUGGAAGGCAGUUGCUUAGAUAUUGAGUACCUGGAUGGCUUGAAAUGCAAAGAAGAGCUCUACAACCAGGUGUAUGAGGACAUUCAGAACAACCUGCUUCAUCGUUUAUAGGUGAGAGCAUUGCCACUGAUUACAAGAGUUCUAGAACAAUCCUUUAAGGAAGUCAAUGGAGGAUGACGAGAGUAAAGAAACCACUGAAACUUUUUUGACAUGACAAAGUCUAACAUUCUGUGUUUCUAUUUUCUUGCAGCAUGAAGUCAGCACUCCAGUGCUGUACAAAUAUUUGUAUAUAGUUCCAAGGAUUCUUUUUUAUAAAUAGUUUUUUGUAAAAGUUUUUUUUUUUUUUGUAAAUACAAUGAAUUUAUUUUAACUUAUGAUUGUUUCCAUUUUGGUCUAAAAGUGAUUGUUGAAGUGAUUUUACCUGUUAUUCACACUGGACCCUUUGCUGGCCAAUCACAUUCUUCUUUCACCAAUAAACAUGUAUUCAUGUUGGAGAUGAA